AAAGUUCAGUUAGUAUCUGUCGACAUCUGAGUCAAUUCGUUUAUCGUUUGAGAUGAAUCGAAAUAUCAAAUGAAUCCUCACGUUUGUGUUCGUGAUUGAAUGUGAUGAUACGUUUGCCUGAGCUGAUCAUUCACCUUGAAUUAAUAAAUCGGAAACCCAGCCCUUUAGUGGUCUCACACUAUCCGGACAGCACACAGAGUAGCGUGGUAUCUCAACAGUAUCAACGCAGUCGACCUAUUAGAACAAUCACCAUAACCAUAUCAUACAAAAAUGGACACUAUUAUCAAAACUUUCGCUCCACUCGCGAUAAAAGAAGUUACAGCCUAUCUUUCGAAGAGAUCGACCUCUCCAACGACUGAAUUAGCCAAGGCUGCUGCUGAAGGAAACACGAAUGCGGUCAAAAGUAUUCUAUCCCAGGACCAUCAAAUAGAUCUGGCACCAGCACUCGUCGCGGCUUCUAGCGCAGGGAAAAUGGAGGUUCUCGAUAUUCUCAUAAAUCCACCACGUCGUUCACGAUCAGAAAAGUCCCGCCACAAGGAAAAAAUAGAGCGAACUGAUGUGAAUGUAUGGUCGCAACAUAUUACACCUCUAAUAGCUGCGGUACAAACACACCAUGUGAAAACGACAGAAUUAUUAUUGGAUGCUGGAGCCGAUACUUCGGUGGCACCAGAAGGUGGAGAAACUGUUCUUCAUAUUGCAGCUAGAAUGGGAGAUUUAGAGAUGGUGAAACUACUGGUAGAGUUUGACGCGGAUUUGGAGGCCAGGGACGGUUGGGGUAAUACACCACUGCUCUCUGCAUCUAGAUGGGGCCACCCUUAUACCAUCAAAUUUUUGCUAGAAAAAGGAGCAGAUAUUGAAGCCGGAGAUGUGAAGGGUUCAACGGCAUUGCUGUUGGCAUGCAGACAUGAUUGUGUUGAGGCCGUGAGGGUCCUGAUAAAUAGUGGUGCAAACGUGAGAGUUCGAGAUAAAAAAGGAAGGAGUGCAUUGCAUCGAGCGAUCGCUGGAGUUGACUUCAUUGAGGGAAUAAAUGCCAAGGUGAAGGAAGACCUGGUAAGAAUGUUGAUAAAUGCAGGUGCAGAUCCAAUGGUUAGAGAUAAUGAAGGGAAACGACCUGGUGAUAUGGUGGGGUUUCUGAGAGGUGGAGAUCGAGUGAAACGUUUGUUGAGACCUGGAAGCGCACCACAUUCAAGAGAGAGGACACCGGCGCACAGCAGACACGGGAGUCGAACAGGAUCACCCUAUAUUGAUGGGUCUCGAAAUUCUCACGACAUUAGUCGCAGUGGUAGGAGAGAUCAACAUCUGUCGCCUUUGGUAGGGGAUAUGGUGGAUGGCUAUGAUAGGGAUUAACGUUUGGUACAUGGAGAGAGGUGUCUAAGACUAAUUUUUCAAAACUUCAUAGGAUGAAUGCAAGAUAGUUACUAGUGGGUACCUUGAUUUUUCACCAGCAUUGUGGGGUUGCAAUUUGAGAUGACUGUUAUCCCACAACUUCAGCUGACCGUUGCAGAAUUUAACUCCACGACGGAGAAAAAUGAAGUUGCUGGAGACAAUAACAAGCAAAGUGCAAGAACAUAGAAA